GUCCAGUUUCCCCGCAGCAGCGGCUCGGUCUUGCCUCGACCUACAGACUGGCCGGCAGCGCGGGGAACAUGCUGCAGGAGGAGGAGGAUUUGUCCCUGACCAUCGCCCAGAUUGUCCAGAAGCUCAAAGGCUCUCGACUUUAUGCUCAGCUGGAGCGCCAGGCCUGGGUUAGUCUUCAGAAACCUGAGAUUAAACUUGAAACCCUCAAAGAAGAUAUUAAGGAGUUCUUUAGAAUAACAGGUUGGGAGAAGAAACUUCAUAAUGCUGUUUAUAGUGAACUGACUGUGUUUCCUUUACCUAGACAUCCAGCAGCACCCCCUGAACAUCUAAAAGAACCUUUGGUAUAUAUGAGAAAAGCACAGGGAAGUUGGGAGAAAAGAAUUUUGAAGAGUCUGAAUAGUAUGUGUACCGAACUAAGUAUCCCACUGGCACGAAAGAGACCAGUUGUAGAGCAAAAGGAACUUCUCAACAAAUGGAAUGAAAUGGGAACUGAUGAACCAGAUUUGAGCCUUUUCAGACCCGUUUAUGCUCCUAAAGAUUUUCUUGAGGUAUUAAUUAAUCUUCGCAACCCAAAUUAUGAAAAUGGUGAACAUCUUAAUUUUAAAACUCAUUUGGGCUUAAUUCAGGUUCCUCUGAAAGUAAAAUAUAUCUCUGAAUUGAAAGAGUUCUUUGUUGAAUUGAGCUUAAAUACAGGACAGCUGGGUAUUGAUGAUGCUACACAAGUGCCUCCUGAGCUUUUUGAAAAUGAGCAUGUACGGCUUGGACAAAAAGUUUUAGCAGAACAAGAUAGUGCUGCUGCUCAACAGUAUAUCAGACAAGGUAGCCCAACGGCCCUUAGAGCAGAAUUGUGGGCCCUCAUUUUGAAUGUUUCUAAUCAACCUGAGGACCUGUUGUAUUAUGAGCAGCUCAAAUCUAAUGUGAUUCAGCAUGAUCUGUUAGUGGAUAGCCUUAUUUAUAAGGAUGUGAAGCUAACAGCCAGCAAUGAUGAUUACUAUUUUGUAUUUGAAGAUUAUUUGUAUCAGGUAUUACUUUGUUUCUCCCGGGAUACAGCUGUGUUAGGACACUUUGCUUACAACAGUGCUUCACCACCAAAGUCAUACAUAAGAGGAAAACUUGGAAUGGAAGAUUAUGCUGUCUUUUAUCCACCAAAUGGUGUAAUCCCUUUCCAUGGAUUUUCAAUGUAUGUUGCUCCACUUUGUUUUCUGUACCAUGAACCUUCCAAAUUGUAUCAGAUAUUCCGUGAGAUGUAUGUGCGUUUUUUCUUCAGACUCCAUUCCAUCUCUUCUCAUCAUUCUGGCAUUGUUUCACUGUGUUUGCUGUUUGAGACACUUCUUCAAACUCAUCUUCCACAACUCUUUUAUCAUCUACGAGAAAUUGGAGCUCAGCCACUUCGUAUAUCAUUUAAGUGGAUGGUACGUGCAUUCUCCGGUUACCUGGCCACAGAUCAGCUUUUGCUUUUAUGGGACAGAAUCUUAGGAUACAACUCUCUGGAAAUUCUUGCUGUUCUGGCAGCUGCUGUGUUUGCUUUCCGAGCAGUAAACCUGAUGGAGGUGACAUCACUGGCUGCGGCUGAAGCUGUGCUUGCUGACCUAUCUACUUUAAAAGUUAUGCCUCUUCUUCAAAUUUUUCUUUUUGCUACUGUCACUUGAUCUUCUGCAAGGUCACUGACAGAACACAUCUAGUUUUUCCAUUAGAAACUAAUCAUGAACUAUGCAAUCUCUGCAUAAAACCAAAAUUAACCUCUGCAUAUCAACCAAUAAAGAUCAUGUUCCCUUUGCAGUUAAA